CUCUCCUCGGAUUCUGGCUCUUCUUUUAUUUUCCCAAUCCCCACUUCACUUCUCUUCUCACCUCCUCUCGCUCUCUCAACUCUCAAGAUUUCCCCUUUCUCAGAGCCGAGAAACAGAGAAAGCAAGAAAGAAAGGGAGUGGCUGAUACUGCUGUUGUAAAGGAAGAGCUGCGUAAAGAUGUUCUUGGGGAAGAGACCGAGGGGUUCAAUGAAGAGAACAACAAGCAUGUCAGAUAUCACCUUUGAUCUAGACUGUGAAUCAGUUCCACCGUCGUCUGAUCCGCACACCGCCCACAAACAGAUGGCGGGAUUCGGUGGCCAGGUAGAUCAACGGUUCUUGUCUGCCACCGUCUCACCCAGAACCCAUAGAAGGUCUUCUGCUGAUUUCUUGGAAACUGCUCACUUCUUGAGCGCUUGCUUCCUCUGCAAGCGCCGCUUGGUCCCUGGUCGUGACAUCUACAUGUAUAGGGGGGAUAGUGCUUUCUGUAGUCUAGAGUGCAGGCAACAGCAAAUGAAUCAAGACGAGAGGAAAGAGAAGUGCUCAUUAGUGUCCACGAAAGAAGUUGCAACCUCCACCACCUCACCAGAAGUCUCCACCAAAGGCGAGACUGUUGCUGCUUUGUAGAGUCUUCAAUCACAAGCCCACAAUGGAAAAGAUUCAGCCCGCUUAAUUCUAUAAAUAUAUAUAAUCAUAAGUGUAGAAUUAUAUAUAUGGAAGUGGGUUUGAUGCAGCUAGCUUUUGUAUGCAAAUGGGCAAUUUUUGAAGCUGUUAUUUUAUGUGGAUCCACAGCUUACACAAAACAGCUAUCCAAUCUGUACUUCUUCCUAGUGGUUUUUUUUUUUUUUUUUUUUAAUUUUAUCAUCUUGUUUUUUGUCUUGCUAGUGAGGGAAGAAAAUUGCAAAUUUACAAGAUUUGUUUUCUCAA